AUGGAAAAUGACCCUAGCAAAAAAGAGUCGAAGGGGAAGAGGAUAUUCAAAAAAGCAAUACGUCGCAACAGUAAAUCCAACAGCGGUAGUCAAAACUCUGCGCUAGAAGUAGGUAUCGGCGUGUCACGUUCGAAAAGCUUCGAGAAUAAGCAUCAGUCUCUUGAGAUCAAUGACAGUACGCCGCUGCCAAAACCUGAUGGCACCAAAGAAAUUUUAGAGCCCUCGGCGAAGUCGAAAGUAGAUGACAAAGCAGCAGAUCACAAUCAAGAGUCAGCUCCCACCGUGGAAUCUAAUGGCAGGAAAAGCGUGGAUAUACAAGAAAAUCGCAACCAACUAAUCGGUAUAUCGCCCUCUGCGUCUAAGAAGGAUGCCAAACAAAUAUUAUCUCCUCCGAAGCUUGAGAUUAAAGAUCAGCGUCCCUCGGAGGCGGACGGUGUCAAAAAGAAUUUAAAACGGAAAUUUGAAGAGGAGAGUGGAGCAGGCACGAGUGGGGCGAGUACCGGAACGUCAGACACUGACGCCGACGACAAAGACCCCAGUAAGGACAAAAAGAAAAAGAAUAGGUGCGCCGUUUGCCGUAAGAAGGUUGGACUAACAGGGUUCGAGUGCCGCUGCGGAGGGCUGUUCUGCGCAGUGCACCGGUACAGUGACAAGCACGACUGCUCGUUCGACUACCGGGAACUCGGCGCGCAGGAGAUCCGCCGCAACAAUCCUGUCGUCGUCUCGCAGAAGAUUCACAAGAUAUGA